GGUCGUUAGUGUAACGUCGGAGACUUGCGGCAGUGUCCGACUGCAUACGCGUACGAUAUAAUAUUAUAUGAAGUCAUUCAAGUCUGUAUUAUAAUUUCUUCAACAUCUAUAUAGAGGGCUAUACAUUUGUGUAUUGUGACCUAUCUUAUCGUAUACAUACCGCAUAUACUUCGCUAAUUAUUAAUACAAUAUCUACAUUACGGACAUCGACAAACAAAAUUUUUUAGUGAUUUAUAAGUUUUAUUUUCAGUCGUAAUUUUCUGUGGUAUCGAUCCGAUCAAAAUAAUACUAUAAAUUAUAAUAUAAUAGGUGCCCACAUUGGUCAUCGUUAUGAUCUGUACUUAAAGAUCGUCCAAAAACAAGAAUUAUACCUCAUAAGUCAUAACUGACUGCCACCUACUAAACGGUCUGCGAAAUUCGAGUUUUUGUAUAAUACUAUACAGUUGUUUCGGAUUGGGAGUUUCUUGAGUAGGUUGCUCUAAAUGACCAUUAUUAACGAUGAUAACGAUCGACACCAAAAUCGAUGUGAAAAGAUGGAGGUGAACGAUAAUAAUUUAAGAUCUCAAUACACAAUAGGCAGCAACGACUUUAUACUUGUAGACGAAGUCGGGGAAAGACCUAAGAAAAAUGUCAAAGAAAAAUUUCACGAAUUCUCGUCGUGUCUGAACAGUAAUUCAAAGACAGUGUUCACGUACAAAACAAUUACCAAAAGACUGCCGAUUUUACAAUGGUGGCCGACGUAUUCCACAGCCGACUGUAUCGGAGAUCUUCUGGCGGGCAUCACCGUCGGUCUGACGCUCAUCCCGCAAUCGAUGGCCUAUUCCGCUCUAGCCGGUCUACCGCCACAACAAGGUCUUUAUGGUUCGUUCGUCGGCAGUUUGAUGUACGUCUUCCUCGGCACCUGUAAAGAAGUACCCAUGGGACCGACGGCCAUCAUAUCGCUAAUGACGUACAACACGCUCCACGGACUCGGACCCGUGUACGGCACACUACUGUGUUUCUUAACAGGUGUCAUCCAAUUGAUAAUGGGCGUAGUGGGACUAGGCUUUUUGAUCGAUUUCAUUUCCGGACCAGUGAACUCGGGGUUUACGUCUGCCGUCGCGAUACUCAUCGUCGCUUCACAAAUCAAAGACUUGAUUGGCGUCAAAGCCGCGGGGACAACGCUAUUGGACAUGAUAAUAUCGAUAUCCAAAGACAUUAAAAAUUUUCAACUGGGCGACACGUGGCUAGGGAUAAUUUGCAUCGUUAUUAUUCUCUUGUUGAGGAGAAUGGCUUUGUGUCAAAUCGGGCCCAAAGACGUGAAAGAGCAGACCACGUUCCACAAAAUCAUGAACCGAUCCAUGUGGCUGAUCGGUACAUUCAGAAAUUCGAUAGUGGUUAUCGUUAGCAGUUACGUGGGUUACGUGUACAUAACUUCGACGGGACACGACGUGACCUCUGACGCAAUACCCCCGAUACCGUUCAAAGUGGUUGGUAAAAUACCGUCUGGUUUGCCAGAAUUCGAUCUGCCAAAGUUUAGCAUCACACAAGAUAACGGAACUACAGUAGGAUUCUUUGAAAUGGUCUCGAACAUAGGUUCUGGAGUUAUAGUGUUACCGAUAAUAGCACUGAUUGAGACCAUUUCCAUAUGCAAAACAUUCGCCGACGGUAAGCCCGUUGACGCCACACAAGAGUUACUGGCGACUGGUCUGUGCAACAUCGGCAAUUCGUUUUUCCACGCGUAUCCAGGCACUGGGUCUUUUUCCAGGAGUGCCGUGACCGCAGCUAGUGGAGUUCGAACUCCGAUGGAGGGUUUAUACGCCGGUAUUUUAGUCAUCGUUGCCUUGCUUUUUUGUACACCCUAUUUGUAUUACAUACCAAAAGCGGCUCUUGCAGCGAUCAUUAUUGCCGCGGUCAUAUUUAUGGUUGAAGUGCGCGUGGUCAGGCCUAUUUAUAGAUCGAAAAAAAGUGAUCUCAUACCAGGUUUGGCAACAUUUUUUGCUUGUUUGGUUUUACCUUUGGAAAUAGGAGUGUUAAUAGGUAUUGGAUUGAAUUUGGUUUCGAUUUUAUAUCACGCGGCAAGACCAAAACUGUUGAUUGAAGUGCAUAAGACAAGAGACGGCAUAAACUAUUUGAUGGUCACUCCAGACAGAUGUUUGGUUUUCCCGUCGGUAGAUUAUGUCAGAAAUUUGGUGAUGAAACAAAGUUUGAAACGAGAACUUCCUGUGGUCAUCGACUGUUCACACAUAUAUGGCGCCGACUUUACCGCAGCAAAGGUCAUCGAGAUGUUAACACAAGACUUCUCGAAAAGGGGUCAAGCUUUGUUUUUUUACAAUUUAAAACCAAGUGUGGUAGCUGUGUUUGAAGGAGUCCAACCCAAAGGAUUCAUAACAUAUUAUCAUAGACACGACUUGGAUCAGUUGUUCCAAAGAUGGAAGCAACAACGUCAACAAAUUGAAAAUUCGUCGGCAGACUGACAACACAAUUGGAUAAAAGAUUUUAUGAAUUUAAUUUUUAAUUUUAAUAUUGGUUACAAUUAUAUACAUCCACACAUGUUUUAAUUCUAUUGACAACAUUAGUAUACCUAUUUAUACUAAUUAUUUAAUUAUUUACGAUUCUGUACUUCUGUAGUGAAUUUUAAUACUUUGCUUGUAUGAUUUGUUUGAUUUAUUUGAACUAGAUAUAAUAUACAUCAUAAUUUUUAAGCAGAUGACAUGCCUAUGCAUUUUUAAACUAGAUAAUAAGAUAUAUAAAACUUUGAAUUUUAUUUAUUUAUUUAUAUUAAAAUUAUUGUAAUAGAAACCAGCUGUAACUUUCUACUACGUUUAGUGUUAAUUUAUUACAAUACUGUUAUUAAAAAAAUUAUUUUUGAGAAAAAGAAGUCAAAACCUAGGUUAGGUUAAAACCUAUACAUAAAAACAGGGACAGAGAGAGAGAGUGAGAGAGUUUUUGUUGUUUUGAUUUUUAUCAAACUUGUCUUUCGUAGUUAUUAAAUAAUAUUAUAUUUAGAAUGUGUAACAUAAUGAUAUACAAAAUAGAUAAACCUAUUAGAUAUGUGUUUUUUGUAUUGCAACAGUGCAACGUCAAACAAUGUAUUAACUUAAUAUAUAGCUAUAAUCUA